AUGCAAGAUUCAUCCAAGCCACUUGGCUUGGAUGGCUUCUCAGGUCGUUCCGUGCGAAAGGUGCUCAACAUGCAAGAAGGCACGACAGGGUCCCCUACAAAGGAAAAGGGAGGAUCGGGGCGCCUUGAAAAAACGGCUUCGCCGUCAUUCGCUCGCCCUCGGACCUCGGCAAGCUCGGCAACCUCGGCACAUCGGCCUGCAAAGGGCUUCCAUGGGCUCUACGGCGAGACGGGCAGCAGCCAGGCCAAGAGCCCGAAGGUGAAGGCUGCGACGAACAGGCCGCAGGCUGGGAACAUGGCCAAGGCGCAGCAGGAGACUCGCACUUCCCCAGGGCGUGCCCGCGUUGGUUCGGCUGGAACCGGUGGCACUGGCAGCCUCUCUGAGGAGGCCAAUGUGGCGGUGCCAUCGCCGCCUAGCCCGGACUUGAAGCCCGCGAAGACAGGUACCAAGGACGCCGUCACGCCUCCAAGUUCGACUUCUUCCGCAGACGUCGAAGAGAAAUCUUCUGCCGCAGAGGGCGUGAGUUCGUCCCACCUUGCCGAGCUCCAGACGAAGUUCCUGCAGCAGCGAGAGCUUUUGGUGGCAGCUAUUCGGAAAGGUGCACAAGCAGAGGAGAAGGCGCUCACAAUGAAGGAUGACUUGACAAGAAAGGACGUCAUUAUCUUCAACCUGAAGACGGAGAUUUGUAACCUCAAGAACGAGCAGCUCCACACUCAGCAGGAGAUCCAGAAUCAGAACCAGCUUUUCGAAAGCCAGGUGCAACUGCUGCAGCAGCAGCAUCAUGCACAGCAGCUGCAGCAGGCGCAGCAGUACCGCCAACUUGAAGCAAUGUUGCGGGAGCCUUGGUCUCGUGGUUCCCUUCUCAAACAUCCCAUCUACACGCUGCGAUGUGCCAUGCUUGCUUGCUGUGAGUUUACAGCCGGAUCCUCAGAAGCUGCCGUCAUGAUGGGCGCCAGCUCGAAAACCGAGAAGCUUCGAGGAGGCAUAGAGCCAAUGAUUGCACUGUACGCAUAUCACAGCUUCCAUCCGUGCGCACUGACUGCCGGGCGUGCGGUAAUGAGCCAUGCUCCAGACGAGGCUUGGACCGCACGCGGCAAGGACAUGCAGCCUCCUGGGGAUGGCCAGUCCAACGACACGGAGGAGGGCUUACACCAGGAGUUGAUGGAACGGCAGGCUGUAAUCCGGCGACAGCAAGGUGAAAAUUUCCUGUUGGCGACGCAGGUAAAGCAGCUCGAGCAGCAGAUCAUGGAUGCCAGCAAAGAUGUGCUCCGACCGCAUAUGCUGGCCCAGGUCCUGCAGCUCAUGGACAGCACUGGUGGCCGGGUUCCGCUCAAGGGCGAGGUCGACCGUGCGCGUGCGCUCGUGACCGCAGCCCGACGAACCAUCCGCCGGGUUGCGUGCUGGUCAAGUGACGAUCGGGUCGAGCUGCACGGCACCCGCAGAGACAGUACUCAGGGAAGUGCCACACUGCCUGCCCCACACUCUCCGAACCCGAAUCCGGGUCCACCACAGCCAUCAUCUGCCCACAAUGCCGCUGCCACAGACAGGCGGCCGUCCCCUCACGGAAGACCACGGUCCCCGCGUGGUGAUGUGCCUCCACAGCUAGCUGCAUCAGCAGCUGCUGCACUGGGAGAGUGCAAAGCCGAUGCGCGGCGGGGCCACAUGUACCUCCAGGGAAGCUGUGCGAGCUUCUCGCGGUUUCCCCCAUGCUCCGAAGUGAGCGGGGCCAGUGCACCCUGGACUCCCUGGAAGCAGGGACUUCAGCGAUCGUGCCAGUGGCUCGCAGGAGCCACGCCAGUGGCGUUCGUGCUCGCCGCAUCUUUGCGGAGGUCGGUGCGACGACGGCAGGGAAGUGAGCAGGCCGUGGCCGUGGCUGAUGUGGAGGAGGAGCUCACUGAUGGGGACUACUGCUCGCUGGCACUGAUAGACACCGAUGAGGAGGACCAGUGGAACAAAGUUUCUUUGGAUUCAAACAAACGCCUACGGGACACCAGCCUGGCGGUGAUCAACUAUGUCCUCCCGAUUGUUGGGCCAGCAGUCGCGUUUUGGCAGUGGAGCAAUAUUUUGCAGCUGACUCAUCGAGUGUUGGGUGAUGAGCGACAGCUCUUGGAGCUAAUGCAGGUCACACUGACGCCGGCCACCAACGGCAUCGUCAUUGCAUCGCUAUCGAUCGCUUUUGGCACGCUCACGUCGCUCACGAUCUCCUCCCUGCGGCAACGGCAAAAGGAGAUCCGGCAAUACCUGAACAAGGAGGCUUGCGAGAUGCGGAUUCUCCAGGCCAUGCUGCUGGCAAGUUACCGCCAAGCAGAAGCGCCGAUUAUGCGCGACGGUCCUGGUGGAAAUGCGCGGGAAGCCUUUAUGUGCUUGCACUGCCUGGAGCUGCUGAACUUGUAUGCGGCGAGAGUCUACUCCGAGUCCACUUCCGAAGUGGACCUAAGCGCGCUGAAACGACAAAUCGUGCCUGACACAGAGAUGCUUGGAAUCCUCGACUACUUGUCCGUGGCCAUGACAUCCCCAACCUUCUCAGCCAUGUCACUCCGUGACAACGUGGCGAUGAGUGUGUCCAGGCUCAACGACUUCCGGUCCGAGCGCCUCUCCUCCAUCAACACGGCGUUUCCGUUCCUGCACUGGGUGAUCCUAAGCCUGCUGGCCUCCUCCAUCUCAAUUUGCUUCCUUAUCGAGGUGGACCAGUCCGAGGGGCGCUUCCUUGCAGAGCGCCCGGAGGAUUCGAUGCGUCUGCGGCUGGUGUUCACGAUGCUGGUGGGAUCUUUCUGUGGCCUCACGGCGCUCUGCGCAGAUCUGAACGACCUUUUUCGGGGCAGCUUCAACGUGAACGAGAGCGCUGUCCAAAUGAGUGUGGUGCAGGAGGUCAUCCGGCUUGAAAACAGCCAGCUGCGCAACGUCCUGGAGGACCGUUGCCAGGGUCCCAAAUGA